AGGAACAGCACGGGCGGGUACGGCGUUUCAUCCGAAAGGUGGCGCACUUGUUUGCAACAUGUCUGAUAUGUGGUUAGGUUCAAUAGAAAACAGAAUUGAUGUGUUGGAGAAUAGAGUAUUUGGAAAAGCUGACAAGGAUGCCGAAUAUCCUAAAUGCGUGAAUACCCUCACUGCAGUCAAUAAGCGAUUAACAGCAGCUACUAAAGGCAGGGAGAAGGUGAACCAGUGCAUGAAAAGAUUGUAUGACAUUGAAAAAUAUAUUGAUCCAGAAUAUGGAAACACACUACUACUUCCCCAGACCGCAAAGCUAGAGGUGAUUCUAGAUGGCGAAGAUCGUAUAAGAGAUAUGGUAAGCCAGUUGGACAAGCUUGAGAUACUAAAGCAUGUUCUGAACAGUGAACAUAUAAAAGCCACACCAGCAUUAGCAGAGAAACUUCAGAAUCUUAACCAGAUCCAUCUUCAGCAGCAGGAUCAGGGAGAAAGCAUCACAGAAGAGACUAAACAACUCAUUGAUACAUACAAUUCUCUUACAACUACAAUAUCAAAACAGUUCAUUCAAUGGAAUACAAUAUUGCAAACUCAUGAAGCCGAACUUUCAGAUAAAAAGAAGUCAAAAUAGCUAUACAAGUGUUUACGGUCUAAGGAAAUGGCUGAAAAUGUAUCUAUAUUUAUUACAUAUAUGUGUGUACAAAGCCUAGUAAUUAUUAUAUUCAGCAAAAAACAUAUAUUGCAUUGUGUUCAACUGUAAUAAUUUGAAUUUUAGAACAUGGUAUUAUACUCCAUGAAAAAAAGAUCUAGACAAAACUUUUAUGGAAUUAAGGAAUUGACCAUAUAAUCCUUACAGUGAAUAGUAUAAUCGAUGGUAAAAUACAUGGUUGCACCAGGAUCUUCCGUAUGCAUGGUAAAAUAAUUUCAAAUUAUAUUAAUUUCUUUUGGAGAUUCUUCUUAAUACAUGUAAUAAACAAAAAUAUACACCACA